UUUUUACGGAUCUGGAUGUAAUUUUUAUUUCUGGUGUUCGUUGUACUAUCAUGAUUGAAGAUGAAUAGAUUGGAAGUUUUCCCAAAAAAAAAUCAGAUUAGCUCGGGAGCAAUUUCGCCGCUCUUCGUUACUGUUUUUCUUAAGAUCUGCUUUGUUAUUGUUGAGAACUACAGGCAAAUAGAUGGAUCAGGCCCGCUUAAAAUUCCAGCAGCCCACAUACACGUAGUGGCCUCCUCUUGAAAGAAAACAAAAAAGAACGUAUACGUGACCUCAAAAGAAAAAAAAGAUGUAUUAUUUUUUUUCUCGGAAAAGACUACGCGUAGCAUUGCCUUUACGCUACGUAUGAUUGUACAAAUACGGCGUAGACGCUACGUAUACGUAUCUCUACGGGCCGCUACAGCCGAUCUCGUCUCCUUCGAUCUCGCGAAAGCAAACCCUAGCGCUCUCGCGAAAAGCUCCUUGAUCCAUCGCCAUGGCGCCAUCGGCUUCCGACGUCCUGCGCCUCGACGGCAACGGGAACCCGAGGACGCUCCGCCUCUUGGCGUCGCUCGUGGAGGCCGAGUCCCGCCGCUUCGCCGCCGCCGCCUCCGAGCCCGCGGAGAACGACCUCGUCCGGGCGUUCCGCGGCGGCGCGACCCCGGCCGUCCCCAUCGCCGAGUUCCUCGAGCGCCUCCAGCGCUGCAACUACUUGUUUGAUGGCGCCGUCUACGUCCUCGCGGCGGCGUACCUCGCGCUCUUCAUGCGCAGCCCCGCCGCGCUCGAGGCCGGGAUCGUCGUCGAGCCGGCCACCGCGCACCGCCUGAUUUCCGUGGCGGUCCUGCUCGGUGCCAAGUUCAGCAGCCCGAGGUACUACGAGAGGCGGGUGGAGUCGUUCCAGGUAUGCUCGGGCGAGUCCAUCCGGUCCACCGAGCUGUGCCCGAUCGAGUUGCUGUUCCUACGCGCCCUCGACUACCGGGUCUUCAUCGACGACGAAGAAUUCCGGCGCUUCUUCACUUCCAGGAUCCAGCGCGCAGCGUGGCUUGUGCAGCGAAGAAGAGGAAGGCCGAGGAGGAGGUGGAACCACGCCGCGUGCGAGCUUGCCAGCUAGCCGCCCGCUACGGCAUCUCAGGAUUCAACCAGAGCUAAGUUUUCAAUUCUCUCUCUCACUAUUGCAUCCUCGAAUUGUUUCUUGCAUUGCAUUUGAAUCAUGCCACUCAGGAACUCACCACGCUUUCCUUCUAUCGCUUACUUGGUACUACUUACUGUCGUUUCUGUGUUUUCAAUGGAGGUUGUUUCCGGUGGAGAUCCAUCCAGCAGAGGGAAGGAGUCAGAGGACGAGAAGCCAGAGCUCACAGCAGACGGAGAUCAAAUGUUCGCCUAAAUGUCAAGUCUGUCAGAUUGAGUACGACAAGUGUUAGUCCACUUGAGUCCACUGUUGUCGUCUAUGUCUAGUCUUGGCUAAGAAGUAGCGUGUUACAGUCAGUUAGUCAUUACUCCCUCCGUCUCAAAAUAAGUGUCUGGAUUUAAUACUAAAUCGGCGACACUUAUUUUGUGACGGAGGGAGAGUCCUUGUGUAAGAUUCUUUUGAUAUAUCAAUAAAGAGUAUUUGAUGUUUUGCACGAUGGCUCAUAGCGUCGUGCAAUUCACGUGUCCAGAAAUUAUUUAGCCCAAAUCAGAGUCUAGUGUUCUCGUCUAGCUAUUCUGUUACGAUCAGCUAUUCAUUAGUACUGUAAGAUCAUCAAGGUUUCAAUUUCAAAGAUCAAUAAAGAGUAUACUUUUUGCUGGAUU